AUGUCGAGCCGACAGCUUCGAAAGCUGCAGAAGCAGCGAGAGCUCGAAGAGGUGUCAAAUACUGUCGAGAAGGACUCGGAAGAGAGCGAAGAUGACCAGUUGCCGGUUGCGCCUAAGCCCCGAGUUAGUCUCUUUGCGGCUCUGGGUGGCGAUGAUGAAGACGAUGCGCAGGACGAAGAAGAGGAAGAGCAACAGCCAGAAGAGGAAGUGAGUGAGAUCAAGCAGCCCGUCACGACAGGGAAGAGCAAGAAGAACAAAAAGAAGAAGAAGAAGGCAGCAAAGGCAAAGACUCCCCUACCCGAGGACGACGAGGACGAAAUCGACAAAGCGAUCAAGGAACUCAACCUGACGACAUCAAAAUCUGCGGACCCUUCUGCUGCAGACGAUCCGGAAGUUCAGACCCGUCGAAUUAACGAACUUCUCUCGAUCAACCCAUACCACCUCAAAGUCGCAAACGAGAUGAAGAACCUGUUUGGCAGUGACAUUAUCCAGUCUGCCGAGGCAGAGGAAGAGCAAGAACGCAACCGUCGAUUCCGAGGAAAUGCACCCCGGGAAGUCGAUAUCGAGACUUUCUUACGAGGCCCUCCUGGCCAGCCCAAACUACCAGAAAUAUCGCUUCGCAGAAAUGUCUUCAUUCAAGGUCGUGAGCACUGGCCAAAGCAGAGUGCUGGUGGACUUACAAUGAAGGAGAUCAAGAAGGCGAACGACGGUUCUUGGACAGAGUACGCCUAUCUUCACGACAAGAACUACGAUGCCACGCAAGCAUUCUUCUUUACUUGUGUGCAGAUCGGAGACCCUAUGCGCAUGGUUCAUCUACUCAAAGAGUUUCCAUAUCAUGUUUCCACACUCCUGCAGGUCAGUAGCGUGGCUAAACAAGAUCAGAACAUGGCUCUUGCAGCUGAGCUUUGCGAGCGCGCUCUUUUCACGUUUGGUCGUGUGACCACUAAUGCCUUCCGUCAGAACAUUGAGCAUGGCAAGGCACGUCUCGACUUUUGUCGACCCGAGAACAGACAGUUAUGGCUUGCAGGAUACCACUAUCUCAAGAGUCUUAUUAGAAAGGGUACCUACCGUACAGCGUUGGAGUGGGCCAAGCUCCUCUACUCUUUAGAUCACAAGGAUCCCUAUGGCAUGCGCCACUUUAUUCACCUAUUGGCUAUCCGUGCCCGGGAGAGUCGCUGGUUGGUCGACUUUGUGAACGAGCUGGAGAAGACGAGCGAUAACCGUGAUACAAUUUACUUGCGACAAUCAUUGGUACUGGCCCACCUGCAACUGGGCGAUAUUGCUCAAGCAACGGAGGAGCUGGAGAAGGGCAUGCGACGAGUCCCGUGGCUCUACUGCGGGCUGUUCCAGGAGUUGAAUCUCGAUACACCACCAUCAAUCUGGGGUAUCAGUGCCGAUUCAAACCCGCGGUCGUUCUGGAUCAAGCUCUAUAUCCAUCAAGCUAAGGAUCUCUGGAACAACGCACAGGCUACCUCUCUCCUCGAAAAGGUGGCCAAGAACCUUGAAAAGGUUGAUACAAGCGUUUUACCUGCUGAUGAUUCUCCACCUGACCAAGGAGUCACUAGACUCACUUUCCUCGAAGGUCAGACAUCACUUAUCGCAUUGGCACCACGGGAAUACCUAGACGUGCAACCCAACUACGAAUUUGACCCGCUGCCACCACCAGAGGAGGAGAAUAUCUUUUCAGGACACGGCACGAGAUUACCUUGGGAAGAUAGACAACGGGGUGGUGCACAGAGACCCGUGAAUGAGAUCGAAGAGCGUUUGCGCAACAUUUUUGCGCGUCGCGCUGCUGCUGCGGCUCCUGCGAAUGGGGCGGGAGAAGGGGAGGUCGACAGCGACGAUGAAGCCGCACUCCUUGCGCAACUAGAUGACGAAGAACUAGAACGGGACCUAGCGGCUGCGCGGAAUGGUAGCGACGGCGGCGUCCUUGGGGUUUUGAUGCAGUUGCUUGGCGUUCAAACCGGGCCGACUGGUGAGAGGGCAGAUGAGGCUGAUGCUGAUCAGGACCAAGACAGAGAGACUGGGGCUGGUGCCGGAGCUGGGUCUGGGUCUGGCACUGACGGCGGUGUUCCAGGGGCUUGGCCUGAGGAUCAUUGA